GACACCCCAGGGCUUAGGCACCCAGUCUCCCAGGCACACCAUGGAAGGGAAAGGACUCGUGGCUGAGCUGCAGAGAGCGGCUAUCUGCCCUGCCUGCAGGGGACACUUCAAGGACCCAGUGACCCUGGACUGCGAUCACAGCUACUGCCGCGCCUGCAUCACCCGUUACUGGGAAGAGGCAGCUGCUGCCGGGAAGGGACCCCGGGUGCUGUCCUGCCCUCAGUGCAAGAUGGUCUUUGAGAGGAAGAACCUCCGGACCAACGUCAAGUUGGCCGUGGAAGUCAAGAUCACCCAACAUCUCAAUGCCAAGACAGCCGAGGUGCCCCUCGGCCCCAGCCCCAGGAGGCGUCGUGGAGGGUGGAUACCCGCAACCAGCAUCCGGGAGGGAAAGCAGGGCAUCAGCGAAGUCUGCAGAUGCUAAUAUGGUUCUGAUCUGAUGCCCUCCCAGACCCACAUUUCCAUCUGAACAUUCAAUACGAAGCCCCUCCACUCAGCUUGCCAAGAGACGAGAGUCAAGACCCUGGAGGAGCCGUCUUCUCUGGAACAGACUAUGGCAUGGAGGAGAGCCAAAUUCUGAGGAGGAGGGGCCUGUACCCAAGUAUGAAGAUCCGCCCUUCAGAAUGGAGCUGCAAGAGUUAGAGAGAAUCCUCUCUACAGUGCUUUAAUCUUUCUAAAGCAACAGAGACAUGCCAGAACUCCAGUCUUCAGGACAUUAUGGGCCGUAGUUCCUAGCAAGGAGGAAAUUACAUUCUCUGUAUGUUUGGAUUGCCCCUUUUCUUGGUGACUUCUUCACAUCUUCCAUGACUGAAUCCUGAAACUGAAAACAGAUUCCAGGUCUUGACUUA